AUGCCUGCUAUUAGCAAAGGUGGUCUUGGUUUUAGUAGAUUGGAUGAUUUCAACAAAGCGCUUCUCUUGAAGUGGAAUUGGAGAAUUUUCGGCGCUUCUAAUGCAUUGUGGUUUCGGAUGUUGAAGGCGCGGUAUGCGGAUGUGAAACUUAGGACAAGUUGUGGAAUAAAGAAUUUAGAGAAGGAUAGGCUGGUCUCGGGUACUCUAUAUCCUUAUGGCAUGCUCAUUGGUUGGAUGAAGGAAUUCAAUCUUUAUAAUUUUUCUCUCUUGCAAGAUGCUUCAAUUGGAGCCAUGGGAGUUGGACUUGGGGAGAUCUUGGAAUUCCUGCGGCUUCUCUUCUUGAUCCGAAUGCUGAAUUUUCCAGCCUUUCUCAGCUGCUUGCCGCAGUUGCCUCUUUCCCCCCCAAUCUGUCUGAUACCGCAUGCUGGCAGAAAGGGGUUGAAGGUGUUUACACUGUUUCUUCGUGUUAUAAAACAUUGUGUAGUCAGCAUAUCCCUCUUGGCUCGGAAAACCGCUUUGGCUUAUAUUGCUAUAUGGAAGGUGGAAGCUCCUUUAAAAGUGAAGGCGUUUAGUUGGAGAUGCUUCCUCAAUAAAGUUCCGACGAAGGACUCCCUUUUGAGUAAAGGUAUUCUUAAUUCUUCCUCGAAUUUAGAAUGUACUUUCUGUGAUGAAUUUCAUGAGUCAUUAUACCAUUCUUUCUUAUCUUGUCGGAAUGCCAAUAUUGUUUGGAGGGAGAUGUCCGAUUGGAUAGGAAUGACUUUUAAAAGCAUUUUAGAUUUUAAGGAGGAUUUUUGGUAUUGGAGCUCUUAUUGCCGAGCCAAGAAAGUCAAAAGAGGAAAGGAGGGAAUCGUUUGGUUAGGUAUCAUUUGGAGUCUUUGGUUGUGUAGGAAUGAUAUAGUCUUUAACAACUCUACUUGGAAUUCGAGGGACGUGGUUAGGAGUUGUAAGACCCUUAUUUAG